UCACACACACUGAUGCUGGUUGUCGCGGCGACUCAUACACGGUUCAGGUCGGACCAUUUGGGGAUGGCUGAGGAGAGAUCGUGGUUUCCGUAGUAACUACCCCAGCUGCCCUCCUCCACCCCUUUUCUUUCUUUCUUUCUUUCUUUCUCUCCUUUAGUCGUUCACUUGUGCCUGGUGAUGAUGGUGUCACCAUCCCUCUCUCUUUCUCUCACCCACCCUCUUUUUUUCUUUCUUUCUCUGUAUCUUCUUCUAUCUGGAUAUGGUUCCUUGAGCAGCCAAUGACAAAGGCUGGAGGAAAGCAAACGGAGUAGUCGUUUUUUUUUUUUUCAGGACAGAAUCCCUCUCUUCCACUCUUUUUUUGGUGGAAUUCUUUGGAAUCUUUGGAGGAAUUGGAAUUCUUGUUACAUUUUCUGGACGUUUGUCUCAGUGUGUUUGUUUGUGAGAGAGAGAGUGUGUGUGUGUGUGUGUGUGUGUGUGUGUGUGUAUGGUUGCUGUGGGGACGUGGCUGAUGCUUGAUAAUGGCUCAUGCAGCGUCUCAGAUUAAGAAGAAUAAAGAUGUGGAUGUAAACGCACUGGAGGAUGAAAAGGAAAGGAAGAAGAAGAGCAGGAAACACUCAAAGGAGCAAAAGAAAAAGCCGGACAGCAAUGGCAGUUACCUGCGGGCAGCGAGGGCAGGGAACCUUGAGAAGGUCCUCGACUACCUGAAGACUGGUGUCGACAUCAACAUCUGUAACCAGAAUGGGUUGAAUGCAUUGCAUCUGGCGUCCAAAGAGGGGCAUGUGGCCGUGGUGGCUGAGCUGCUCAAACUAGGUGCCAACGUAGAUGCAGCAACCAAGAAAGGAAACACGGCGCUGCACAUUGCCUCACUGGCAGGACAGGCGGAAGUGGUGAGAGAGCUAGUGACCAAUGGGGCCAACGUCAAUGCACAGAGCCAGAAUGGUUUUACCCCACUGUACAUGGCUGCACAGGAAAACCAUCUGGAUGUGGUGCGCUUCCUCCUGGAGAACAAUUCCAGCCAGAGCAUUGCAACAGAGGAUGGCUUUACGCCGUUAGCCGUAGCCCUGCAGCAGGGUCAUGAUCAGGUGGUUUCUCUGUUGUUAGAGAACGACACGAAAGGUAAAGUCCGUCUGCCUGCACUCCACAUCGCAGCCCGCAAGGAUGACACCAAAUCUGCAGCUCUGCUCCUUCAGAAUGACCACAACGCGGAUGUCGAGUCCAAGAGCGGUUUCACUCCUCUCCACAUUGCUGCCCACUAUGGAAACAUCAACGUAGCAACACUACUAUUAAAUAGAGGAGCAGCAGUAGACUUCAUGGCAAGGAAUGACAUCACUCCACUGCAUGUGGCAGCUAAGAGAGGGAAUGGAAACAUGGUUAAGUUGCUGCUGGACCGAGGAGCAAAAAUUGAAACCAAGACCAAGGAUGGUUUAACCCCUCUGCACUGCGGCGCACGCAGUGGACAUGAGCAGGUUGUUGAGAUGCUGCUGGACAGGGGAGCACCCAUCUUGUCUAAGACCAAAAACGGUCUGUCUCCACUGCACAUGGCGACCCAAGGGGAUCACCUGAACUGUGUCCAGCUGCUCCUUCAGCACAAUGCUCCCGUGGAUGAUGUCACCAAUGACUACCUGACGGCACUGCACGUGGCUGCUCACUGCGGACAUUUCAAAGUGGCCAAAGUCAUCGUAGAUAAGAAGGCCAACCCUAACGCUAAAGCCCUGAACGGUUUCACUCCUCUUCAUAUUGCCUGUAAGAAGAACCGAAUGAAGGUGAUGGAACUGCUGCUGAAACAUGGGGCAUCACUGCAGGCAGUCACAGAGUCGGGGUUGACACCCAUCCAUGUUGCUGCAUUUAUGGGUCAUGAGAACAUAGUGAAACAGCUCACGCAUCACGGAGCCUCACCCAACACCACCAACGUGAGAGGUGAAACAGCAUUGCACAUGGCAGCAAGGGCCGGCCAGAUUGAUGUUGUCAGAUACUUGCUACAGAAUGGUGCUAAAGUGGACAUCAAAGCAAAGGAUGACCAAACAGCGCUGCAUAUAGCUAGUCGUCUGGGAAAAGUGGACAUUGUGCAGCAGUUGCUGCAGAAGGGGGCGUUACCCAAUGCUGCUACCACUUCUGGCUACACCCCUCUCCACCUCGCCGCCCGUGAGGGUCAUCAGGAGAUAGCAGCUAUCCUGCUGGAGCAGGGAACAUCCCUCUCUGCAGCAACUAAGAAAGGGUUCACUCCCCUGCAUGUGGCUGCAAAGUAUGGGCAGUUAAAAGUGGCCAAUCUUCUGCUGCAGAAAAAAGCUGCGCCGGAUGCAGCAGGAAAGAAUGGCUACACACCUCUCCAUAUUGCAGCUAAGAAGAAUCAAUUGGAGAUUGGGACAACGUUGUUGGAAUAUGGGGCGGACUGUAACACAAUGACCCGUCAGGGCAUCAGCCCCCUUCACCUCGCUGCACAGGAGGGCAGUGUAGACAUUGUGUCCUUGCUUCUUUCCAAACAGGCUAAUGUUAAUAUGGGCAAUAAGAUCGGUCUCACGCCGCUGCACCUGGCUGCACAGGAUGACAGGGCAGGUGUUGCUGAAGUGCUGUUGAACCACGCAGCAGAAAUUGAUGCUCAAACCAAGAGUGGUUACACGCCGUUGCAUGUGGCAUGUCACUAUGGCAACAUGAAGAUAGCCAACUUCCUGUUAGAGAAUCAGGCCAAGCCUAAUGCCAAAACAAAGAACGGUUACACACCUCUUCAUCAAGCAGCACAGCAAGGCCACACCCACAUUAUUAAUAUGCUGCUUCAGUAUGGAGCUUCACCCAAUGAGCUCACAGUGAAUGGGAACACAGCUCUCUCCAUCGCUCGCCGACUGGGGUACAUCUCCGUAGUGGACACGCUGAGAGGAGUUACAAAUGAAAACCUCACUGCCACGCCUACAACCGAGAAACACAAGAUUAAUGUCCCUGAGACCAUGAAUGAAUUCCUCGACAUGUCUGAUGAUGAAGCUGUGAAAGAUCAUGAAGCUCAGGCUGAUGGGGAAGGAGGUGAAGAUGCGAUGACCGGCGAGACUGAGAAGUAUCUUCGGCCACAGGACCUGAGGGAGUUAGGGGAUGACUCCUUGCCACAGGAGGGGUACAUGGGUUUCAGUAUUGGAGCCCGCUCUGCCAGCCCCAGGAUAAGCUCAGACAGGUCCAACACUCUGAACAGAAGCUCCUUUGCUCGAGACAGCAUGAUGAUUGAAGAGAUGCUGGUGCCCACCAAAGACACGAGUGUAUUUAAAGAUAUUUCCUACAUGGUGGACCCUCAGAAUAAGCACCUUGCAGUGACUCGUGAAUACAACAGUGAGUGUAUGCGGCGGUACAGUUGGACCCCUGAUACUGUGGACCACUCACAUAACACUGUCUGCAGUCCUGUGCAUUCUGGCCCUUCCUCCCCGCUUCCUCAGUAUGACUCCAGGUUCCUAGUGAGUUUCAUGGUGGAUGCUCGGGGCGGGUCAAUGAGAGGAAGUCGUCAUGAUGGGAUGCGUAUAAUAAUUCCACCCAGGAAGUGUCCAGCACCAACAAGAAUAACUUGUCGCCUAGCAAAACGACACCGCCUGGCAUACCUACCCCCUAUGGUGGAGGGAGAGGGACUUGUGAGCAGACUGGUGGAAAUGGGGCCAGCUGGGGCACAGUUUUUAGGGCCUGUGAUAGUUGAAGUUCCACAUUUUGGCUCCAUGCGGGGAAAGGAGAGGGAGCUGAUCAUCCUACGCAGCGAUAAUGGAGAAACCUGGAAAGAACAGCAUUAUGACUGUAAAGUGACAGAGCUCACCUCGAUUCUUAAUGGCAUGGAUGAGGAGAUGGAUAGUACAGCAGAGCUGGAGAAAAAACGUAUCUGCCGCAUCAUCACAAAAGAUUUCCCACAGUACUUUGCGGUGGUGUCACGCAUCAAACAAGAAAGUGAUUACAUGGGACCAGAGGGCGGAGUCCUGAGCAGUGAGGCGGUUCCCAUGGUGAAGGCUGCCUUUCCCCAGGGAGCACUUACGAAGAAGAUUCGUGUUGGACUACAGGCACAGCCUGUGCCAGAGGAUAUUGUGCGGACUAUCACUGGUCACCGUGCAUCCUUCAGCCCAAUUGUUACCGUGGAGCCCAGAAGGAGGAAGUUUCACAAGCCCAUCACCAUGACAAUCCCAGUGCCACCCAGAUCCAAAGAGGCUGUUGCUAAUGGGCGCAAAGGAGAACAUGCCCCCUGCCUAAGACUGCUCUGUAGCAUUACAGGUGGAACAUCCCCUGCACAGUGGGAAGACAUCACUGGGACCACUCCACUCUCCUUCGUCACAGACUGUGUUUCCUUCACCACAAAUGUGUCUGCCAGAUUUUGGUUGGCAGACUGUCAGCAGAUCAGUGAGACGGUGGGUUUAGCAUCUCAGUUGUACAGAGAGCUGAUAUGCGUUCCAUACCUGGCCAAGUUUGUGGUGUUUGCUAAAACGAUCGACCCCAUAGAGUCCCGCUUGCGUUGCUUCUGCAUGACUGACGACAAAGUUGACAAAACUCUGGAGCAGCAGGAGAACUUUGAGGAGGUGGCAAGGAGCAAAGACAUUGAGAUUCUCGAGGGUAAGCCCAUUCAUGUAGAAUGCUACGGCAACGUCACUCCUCUGGCAAAGAGUGGUCAGCAACUCGUCUUCAACUUCUAUGCCUUCAAAGAGAACCGACUCCCAUUCAAUGUCAAGGUCAGAGAUAUGGGCCAAGAUCCAUGUGGGAGAAUCUCAUUCCUCGGAGAGCCUAAAAUUGCACAGAGUGCAAUCUGCAACCUUAACUUUACACUGCCAACACACAGGAAGGAAAUUGAGUCGGAUCCUGAUGAUGAGAAUGACAAAGAUCGACGACAUACCUUUGCCUCAUUAGCAUUGCGAAAGCGCUACAGCUAUCUGGCCGAUCCAGCAUCCAAAACAGCUGAAAGAGGCCACAACACCACUCCAAAAGCCACGACGCAGCCUUCUGGCUACGCUUACAAGCCUGUCUUUACGACGCGCUCCUACCAGGCCUGGGCGACAAGUUCUCCCGUCAACGUCCCUACCCAGACCAAGUCUGGAUUUGGCUCCCUCUCAAGCUCCUCAUCAAACACCCCUUCAGCCUCUCCAAUGAGGUCGGUGUGGUCUGUGAACUCUGCCUCUCCUAUCAAAUCCAUUAUUGGAGGUUCACCAGCAUCUUCCAUCAAAUCUGCCAGUGACGUUGCAUCACCGAUUAGAUCCUACAGAACAGUCUCCUCACCAAUAAAAACUGUAGUUCAAGGUGCCCAGUAUCCAGUCCAAGCCUCCCCCACCCUUCUGUCCUCUCCAGGCAAGAGUGCCCCUGAUCCAAUUUCACUUAAAGGCCUCACAGGGCUCUCAGCCAGGACAUCUCCUGUAUCAUCUGGCGGAACCUUGCUGGAAAGAUCCUCCAUUGCUAUGACUCCUCCAGCCUCACCUAAGUCUUCUCUAAACAUGUACAGCUCAAGUUUGCCAUAUAAGUCUGUUGUAACCUCAAACCCUCCAGCAAUCUGCUCCCCCAUUAAAACUGUCCCAGGCUUUUCCUCUAUCAGAACCAGCACUGAUGCCAGAGGAUAUCUGUCAACCCUCUCCUCACCAUUGAAAUCCAGCUCGGCCACUACAGCAGCUGCGCUGAUCAAUGGUACAGUUUCCCCAACCAAAUAUCGCUCCUCGUCCCCAACAACCCAUCUUACCAGCACCCUGCAGGAAAGGAUCCAGGCCACAACAAAUGCAGCAACAACAAGUGUGAACGCUGCCUUUGAUGAAGUGGAAAAAACUUUUAAUUCCUGCUCUGCUGGCUAUGGCACACUAAAGUCAGUGUCCUCCACUCCCUCAUCCUCUUUCCAGUCUAUCCGUUCCUCUGUAUCCAGCUCCCUUUAUGCCUCCCUUAGAUCCCCUCCAAAUUCUACCACAUCUGUAACUUCCAGCACUAUUACAGUACCUGUAUAUUCAGUUAUAAAUGUCUUACCAGAACACCAAUUUAAAAAGCUCCCUGAAGUCUCCAUGUCAACAGCUGCUCUCCUGUCCCCGAGAAGGGCCAUGCCCCAAGAAGUUAAUGCCAAGACUCAGUCCUCUUUUGCCAGAACUCUAUCUCCUGUCAAGACUCCCAUGCACAAGUCCCCAGGAACAAUAAAAUCCGCUACCUCUUCAUCCCCUCUUUCCAAUAGCCAGGAGAUUCUAAAAGAUGUGGCUGAAAUGAAGGAGGACCUAAUCAGAAUGUCUGCAAUUUUGCAAACUGAAACAAAUUCAAACUCCAAAGGUUAUCAUUCUGACUCUAAGGAACAUAAAGUAGAAAAUGAAAAGCCUUUCAAGAUAGUAGAGAAUGUCAAUCAGGACCUGGUCAAAGUCAGUGAAAUUCUUAGCAAGGAUGUUUUGAGAGAGAGUAAGGCAAAUAUUAAAAACAGCAAAACAGAAGCUGUCCUAGAGGAUGACAUAGAUAAUCCACAAAAUGAAUGGAGAUGCCCCCCUCGAUAUGAAACAUUAUCCCCUCAAGUAAAAAAAAAAACAGUAUCUGACAGAGAUUUUAAACUUUCUAAAGUUGUUGAUUACCUAACCAAUGACAUUGGCACAAGUUCUAUUUCUAAAAUAACAGAGGCUAAACAAAGAACUGAUGAAGCAAGGAAAGAAGGAGAGGAGAAACAAAAACGGGUCCUGAAACCUGCAAUGGCAUUACAGGAACACAAGCUCAAAAUGCCUCCAACCAACAUGCGCCCUUCACCUUCAGAAAAAGAACUUUCAAAGCUAGCCGAUGCAUUGUUUGGCCCCGAAAUCACGCUAGACUCUUCUGAUGAUGUCUCCCAUGACCAAGACAAGAGUCCACUUUCAGACAGUGGAUUUGAAACUCGCAGUGAAAGAACUCCUUCUGCCCCCCAAAGUGCAGAAGGAAUGGGGCCCAAAGGCCUCUUUCAGGAAAUUCCUCCUGUUAUCACUGAAACACGCACUGAGGUUGUACACGUCAUAAGGAGCUAUGAGCCUCCAGAAAAUCCUAAGGAGCCAGCUUUGGAAGAUUCUAGGAUGACAAAGCCUCCACUGCGAUGUUCAGACACUGAGCCUCGAUCACCUGGUGGGUCCAUCAAAGAAAGAGUUAAAGCUUAUCAAGCCAGAGUGAAUGCAGAGGAUGAUGUGAUGAACAAAGGUAUGCGGGUCAAAGAGGAAACUCACAUAACAACAACUACAAGAAUGGUGUACCACAAACCUCCCAUUAAAGAGGCUGCAUCUGAGAGGAUGGAGGAGACCAUGUCUGUAAGAGACAUAAUGAAGGCCUUCCAAUCUGGGAAGGAUCCAUCUAGGGAGUUAUCAGGCCUGUUUGAGCACAAAAGCAGCAGUGAAGGGGCAGAUCCAUCUGUCAGGCCUCUUGAACCAAUACCCAAAGUCGAACGUAUCAUUGAGGUUCACAUCGAGAAAGGCAACAAAGCUGAACCAACUGAAGUAAUUAUCAGAGAAACAAAAAAUCACCCUGAGAAGGAAAUGUACAUAUAUCAGUGUAAAAGUGGCAUAAAAGAACUGCAAAAUAGGAUAAGCAGUGAGCAACAUGACAUAGAACCUGAAGAAACUCUUCCUUGUUAUCUGGACUCCAGAAUACUCAAGCCUGUCUCUGCGGAGGAUGAUAAGACCUUGAAAUUGCUCAGUCAGCAGUCAGUGGACUACCAUGAUGAUGAAUCAUCUGAAACGAGGGGAGAAUCAUACAAAUUUGCAGAGAAGAUCCACCUGUCAGAAAAAUUUGACUCUUCCCAUUCAGACUCAGAUGAAUCUGUGAUUGACAGGUCUCGAUAUUAUGGUGAUGGAACACAAGGUGGCUCAAUUAGAGAAUUCAUGCUAAAGCCUGAGAGGUCAGGUAGAUCAUCAGAAGAUGAAAAUUAUGACAAACUUACUUUGCUGCAGUAUGUCUCUGAUCCUGAUAGUCCAAAAAAGUCUGUUUGGAUGAGAGUUUCUGAGGAUGGGCAGAGUAAAAGCAGAGGGAAUCACAAAUAUGAGGACAGUGUAGACAGAACUGUCAAAGAGGCAGAGGAAAAGCUUAGUGAAGUCUCACAAUUUUUUCGUGAUAAAACUGAAAAACUGAAUGACGAGCUUCAGUCCCCUGAAAAGAAGCAUCGAAGACAAGAUGCGAGGGAGACUCGUUCUGGGCCCAGCUCAACGUGUAGUAGCCCAGAGAGGUCAGUGUACAGGAAUGGAGGUACCGGAGAGGACUGGAGUAGAGAGAGGUUUAGGGAUAAGUAUGAUUCCCAUGAUAGAAAAUGUGCCAGUCUACCAAGCAGUCCUGAAAGACGAGUCUUGCUUCGAUACAAUGAUGACCCAAAAAAGGGAGACAGCUCAUCCGCAAGCAGUGCAAGUGAUUCGUCUAAAUACUUCCAACCCUCAACAUCUAAGGUUAGCUCUGUAAGAAUGAAAUUUGAAUCAGAGGCCCAGAAACAAGAGAAAGGUCCGCAAUGGGGACAAACUUCAGGAUCCCCAGUGAGGAAGCUGCAGGAAAGUAAACUGCCUGUUUAUCAAGUUUUUGCAGGGGGGAAUAUCCCAAGGUCAAUAGAGUCUUCAGAAAGUGAGAGGAGCCCCAAAAAAGAUAGUGAGGGUGGGCACAGUUACAAUGUACGAAAGGCUCAAGCAUCUGCCCAAAAUCAGCAGAGUGACAGACAGAGAAAUAGGUCAGAUACCUCUUCACCAAAACAUCAUCAAAAUGUUUACAGUAAGGAGCAAAUUGCCAAUGAAGAUAGGAAAAUAUACAAAACUUGGGAAAACCAUGGCAAUGGGCAACUGAAAGGCCAAAAGACAAAGCUCACUCAUACUUUAGUGCAUGAUAGGCAAAAGGAUGACUCACAGAAUGAGCAGCACUCAUUGAGAGAUGGAAACAACACGAAAGAAGAAACAACUAAAAAGAUCAUUUACACAGAGCUUGUAAUUCGAGAAGACCCUAGUAAUGCUGAAAAGUGCAAUGGUGCUCUAAAAAAAAACUCGGAAUCACAAAUUCCUGUUAGGGUUUCAUCUAGUUUUAUAGACCAUCAUCAAAAUAGUACUUUAAAGUUAGAUUCCUCCCUUAAAUCUGAAAAAAUAGGAUCUCACAUAGCCAGAAAUACACAGCACACUAAUUCUAGGGCUAGUGAUGUGUCAUCUGAAGUGAACUCAGAUUCUAGCAGGCAGAUUUGUAGUAUAGUCUGUAAUGGUGUGGAUGAUAACCAAGUUGAGUAUAUUGAAAAAGUUACCCCAGGUGUCACUGUGGACAUUAAACCUCUUCCUGUGUAUGUCAGCAUUCAAGUAGGUAAACAGUUUGAGAAAGAAUCUGCUACUGGCCAGUUAAGCACUUACAAAAAAGUUGUAAGCCACGAGAGCAGGACAGUACAUGAAACACGUGGAGCAUUUUAUUCUGUCAAACAGAAACAGCCAUUAUCUCCACAGGGAAGCCCUGAAGAUGACACGUUAGAGCAGGUUACAUUUAUGGACAGUUCAGGGAAGAGUCCAGUAACUCCUGAGACGCCUACCUCUGAGGAGGUCAGCUACGACCUGAACUCCAGAGCUCCAGAGCCUGUCAUUGGUUCCAUGGAAGGCAUGCCUAGCCCAAUCCCAGAGGAGUCAGAGGAAGAGGAGCAGCCUAAGACAUUCAUUUUCAAGGAAGUAUCAGCAGAAAAAGCCAAAUCUGCCACUCAAUCAUCAGAGCCUUCAAAAAGAAAGCAAGACUCAAAUGUAAAAAGAUCAAAAGACAAACGCAUAGCUUACUUCGAGUUCCCACCACCACCACCUUUAGAAGCUAAGCAUGCUGACCCUGAAAAGAAGGGGUCAUGUCCUUCCUCAGAAGCAGAAACAGAGAUGAUGGAGGUGAACCUUCAAGAGGAACAUGACAGACAUCUCCUUGCAGAGCCAGUAAUCAGAGUCCAGCCUCCUUCCCCUCUUCCACCUGGAGCUGACAAUAGUGACUCUAGUGAUGAUGAAUCAAUUUUUCAGCCUGCCCCCCUUAAGAAGUACACAUUCAAAAUGGCUGAGGAGUGUGAGAAACAUGUUAAGCCUAGGAAACCAGAGAGAAACAGCUCAGACCAAAAGGAAUUGGGUAUCAAUGGCAUUGUCAAAGGAGAAGAGGUAGAAUGUGAACAGAAUGGAAAUGAUCAAUCUAUUACUGAUUGCUCAAUAGCAACAACUGCUGAAUUUUCCCAUGAUACUGAUGCCACUGAGAUAGAUUCUCUUGAUGGGUAUGACCUACAAGAUGAGGACGAUGGACUGAGUGAUCCUAAAACAUCCAGCCUGUCAAAUGAGGGAAAAGCAGGAGAUCGGUCUUUCAACCAGAGCAAACUUGAAGUGAUUGAAGAGGAGAGCAUGACAAAUGAAGAAAUAGGGGAAAAGGUAAAAACAAAGAGGCCAUCUGGGAAAAAAUCAGACAAUGGGAAAGAAGAUAAAAUCUAUUCUUUGGAGGGAAGACAUCCAGAUAGACAAGGUUUUACAGACAAUUAUUUUAAGUCCCAACUAGAGGAGGGCAUAAACACUACCUUUAAAACUGUGGCUACUAAAGGCUUGGAUUUUGAUCCAUGGUCUGGUAAAGUUGGAGAGGAGGAAUCUUUUGAUGCUAAAAACAAAGAUGAAGAUCCAAAGCCUUGUGCUUUGUCAGUGGAAGACAAAUCACAAGCAACCACACCGGAUACCACUCCAGCAAGAACCCCAACAGAUGAGAGCACCCCAACUAGUGAGCCCAACCCUUUCCCCUUCCAUGAGGGCAAGAUGUUUGAGAUGACCCGCAGUGGUGCUAUUGACAUGAGCAAGAGGGACUUUGUUGAAGAGAGACUUCAGUUUUUCCAGAUUGGUGAGCAUACAUCAGAUGGGCAGUCAGGGGACCAGGGGAAAGGGGACAGGAAUGCGGGGGUAGUCGCCUCUCACUCAAAGGCAGGGGAAAGAGCUGUAGAGGGGAAGGUAGAGGCAACCCAAGAUUUAACAGCAUCCAGAGGCAGCACAGUGCAAGGCAGUGCUGACUGCCUGGACGCUCCUCCAUUCGCUGACACCACCUCAUGCACUGUCACAGCCUCCAAGGUCGACCCCAAAUUACGCACCCCCAUUAAGAUGGGCAUCGCAGCUUCCAUUACUAUAAAGAAAGACCCUGGCUCAGCUGAACUGACUGAUGUUAAAACUGAGUCCUCAGACAGUCAGAUGCCGGAAUACAUUAGUUUGGAGUCAAGACAAUUAGCUGAAAGUCACUUUGAUAGCAGGCACAUUAAUUCUUCUCAGACUAGCAUAAAAGAUUACCCAUCAGAAAACUACAAUAACAACAAUAAUUUAGAGUCCUCGAAUGUGCAGGCCAACUACAUCCAGUGUGGUAGUGUAGUGUUCAAUUUGCAGUCAUCUUCUGAACCCACCUUACAGAAAGCUAGUAGAACAGAAGCUCAGAUUUGUAGGGAGUCUUUAGAGAGAGAGGAGAUACCCAUUACUGAGAGUCCUCAGACUAAAAUACUGUCAGAAAACAGGCAGCACAAGUCUAGGCUCCCAGUCAAGGCAGUAGGGUUCAGUUUUAACACACUCAGUUCAGGGAAGCAGAAACCUCAACAGGUUGUAAAGCCAGAGGCAAGGAAAGUGGAUCCUCCAUCCAUAACGCCUGAGCCCAAGUCUAGAAUACCUGUCAAGGACAUCAAAAGAAAUGGUGCUGUUAACUCAGCUGUCACAGUUCAGCCAGUUCCAAAGUCAACUCAUCUCACAGAGUCAGAGAGAUCAGUCAGACCAGUAGUUCCCUCUAGGCUGCCUUUCAAAGAGAGGUCAUCUGGUGCUUCCAAUAGUUCAGUUAGCGAGGCAGGUAGAGGCAACUUUAGCGAGGUGUGUAGGCAGUCCGUUGAGUUCUUAAAAAAUGUUAGUGGAGAAGCAAUAAAGGUGGCCAAACGACUUUCAGACGAGGAGAAACAGACACAGGGAGAGCAGUCGCAAUCGGAGGAGGACAGCAGCACAUCACGAAGCACCUCACUAUCGGACCCCUCUCAGUCCCAGCCCUCCCUCUCCGCUGGCUCCUCCCGAGGGGUCACACCCUCAAGGACAAAGGUCACAAGGGCGGCGGGCAGUGAGAGGAGGAGGAGUAAGCGGACUGGAGGAGGGAAGGAGGGCAGUAAGAACGAAGGGGCUCGCAGGUCGCCCCCCGUCGCGGAGAUCAAGCCUAGUCCACAGAGUCCCUGUGAGAGAACAGACCUUCGCAUGGCCAUUGUUGCUGAUCACCUGGGACUGAGCUGGACCGAGCUGGCUCGAGAGAUGAAUUUUUCUGUGGAUGAGAUAAACCACAUCCGCACAGAGAACCCAAACUCUCUCACAGCACAGAGCUUUAUGCUCCUUAAGAAGUGGGUCAGUCGGGAUGGGAAAAACGCCACCACGGAUGCACUGACGGCUGUCCUGACUAAAGUGAACCGGAUGGAUAUUGUGACUCUGCUGGAAGGGCCCAUUUUUGACUAUGGUAACAUUUCAGGCACCAGAAGUUUUGCAGAUGAUAGCGCUGUGUGCCAGGAAAAGGCGGAUGGCUGGCUCACUGAGACAUCAAACACGGAGCCGCCCGCUUCAGGGCGGAGUCACGCAUCAGACUACAUGGACCGUCAGGACAACAGUCAGGACAACUCCAGUGACUCUGUGACAUCAUCGUCCAGAGGGGAUUCUGGAAAACCUCGACAAAAUGGUGAGCACUCAGACACCAUGGCCCGCAGCUUAGCGUCUCAGGAAUCAGCCAAUGGUGUGAAGGCAGGGGCGGGCAAGCAAGAAGGAGCUCUGAUCGCUGAACAUAAAGUCCAGCAGUGGUUAUCAACAGAGACCGGCCUAGACGAAGAGCGUACUGUCACCACCAAAGUGUUUCGUAGACGUCUCAUUCUCAAGGGAGAGGAGGCGCGGAACAUUCCUGGAGAGUCAGUUUCAGAGGAACAAUUUAUUGAUGAAGAUGGAAACGUCAUCAACAGAAAAGUCAUUCGAAAGGUGAUUUUCCAAGUGAACACUCCCACUCCUGAAAACCAGGGCUUGGGGAGUGGCAUGGGGUCACAGGGAGACCCUACCACCCUGGGGAUGAGCCACGUCCCCCUGGUCCCUGAUAUCCAAACCCAUCUCGCUACACAUGCUGAGGGAGAAGUUUCCAAGCUGAGGAAGAAGGAAGAAAAGCGUUCAGAGAGAAAACAUCAUUCAUAAAUGUAUAUGUUCGAUCUGUUUCCUAAGAAGUGGGGUCACAAGAGCUGAAAAGAGAAAUUUGGCCACUCUGAAACGCAUGGUCUUCAAAGAGACAAUACUUUGACCUAUUCGCUUGCGCAUGAGCAUGCAUCACACUGCUGACACACUUCCUGUUACAAGGGGGUCUAGAUGAAUUCUACAUCCUGAGAUGGGUCCCGGUGAAUUCUACUUCCUCUCUGUGUUUGGUCCUAUGUAAUUCUGCUUACUCUUUCUGGGGGACCUAAGAGAUUACACUUCAUUCUUUUUGAUGGUUAAUACCUGCGCUGACCUGGACCAUCAGGAAAUCAGAAACUGUUCUGUGUGCCAUGAAUAUCAGAUGAAUAAAUGAGAAAGGUAUAUUCAAAAGACCUCUUAAACUCCAAACCGUAUACUCAAACAAAUUUCCCUUUGACCAAAGAUGGCACAAAAGCUCUUUUUCGUGUUUUAGGGGGAAAAAAACAAUAAAUGCUGUUGAACCGCACCUUACAUUCGCCUUACAUGUUACCGUGGACCCAUGACGUCAGGAGGAGGAUCCCUGUGUUUUAUUUAUUAUACUUUUUUUAUAUAAAAAACAAAAAUAAAGUUUGUGGUGGAGUUUGUACAUAAAUCACAAUAUGUAAAAAAACAAAAUAACAUUUAGUAGUUAGAUUUGGCGAGAGCGCCGCAAACAUACACUUUACAAGUGCUUUCGACAUUUUAAAGACAGUGAAAGUUCAAAUGCUCUUGUAUAAUUAAUUAUUAUAGCAGGUGUGUUUGUAUAUGAAAAAAAAUUGGUUCGGUUUUCAGGGGACAUUUCUUUAAAAUCCUCUGCGAAUUUCAACGAUUCCCAAAAUGGGAAUUUAUCGAAUUCUGUGAAGAAGUCAUACAGAGGACUAAUAUUUUGAUGCAUGCGGUUCACCUUAUUUUAAGAAGCUUUUUUUCUAAGUUUGCAAAACACUGUAUUUAAAAAGACAAAUAAGAAAAGACUUUUCCUUGUGUGCACACACAACUCUAACAUGUCACAAAUUUUAUAUUCCAAAAUGUCACCCUACAAGUGUACUUCGUGUAGAAACGGUUAAGUGUGAAAAGCUCUAACCAGACUGCUUCCUUAGGGGUUCAGUGUAGUGUCUGUUAUUCUUUAUAUGGAAAACAGCGUCUGCUGAUGUUAGCCUGAGCGCUGCAAGUAAGAGGUGUUCAGAAUGUAUUGCUAGUAAUCAGCAUUUCUGUUCAACUAUCACCGUAUCAUGUGUAUUGGCUGUAAAAUGUAGAGUUCUCUCUGUCUUAAGUCUAUUUGUAAUCAUUAGAGGAAUGUCUUCAUUUUUUUUUUUUUUUUGCUGAGGUUUAAAAAUUUUGACAUUUUGUUUCGAGUUAAGUAAAUAACCUUGUCAUCUGGAAUCACACUUACUUGUAUGGGAUGUCUUUAGACCUUUAUUACUUGUAGAUUUAAUAGCUUAUGUAUUACAAAUGACACACACUGGAUGGUCAUUAUAAUUUUAAGUAUUACAAGAAAUCGUUUCCAAUAUUGAAAUUGUGUGAUAUAUUUUAAGACCAGCAGGUUAAUGUGUUGCAGUGAUCUGCAUCGAUUUUGAUAAUAUAGAUUUUUUUCUAUAGCGACUACUUUUUAUUUGUUCAUUUGUUUCAUUUUCCUCCAAUAGAGUCUUUUUAGCUUGUGGUGUGUAUGGUGUGAACAAUCCUUUAGUGUUCUGAAAUGUGCUAUGGCAAUGGGAUCUGAAAGACCUAGGAAACUAGGUUGUGAUGGGGUGUGGUUCUGCUUCCCUGUUACAUGUCAAUCAAACUGUGGGAGGGGCCUGACGGUCCAACCAGUUGAUUUUGUUUAAUAUAAUAUGUUUUCACCUGAGCAACAUUUUUGAUGUACAAUUCUUACAAUGAGUGAAGCCAUUUAAAUGUAACUAUAAUAGCACUUUGGUUAUUUGAGAUCUUCUCUUUUAGAAUCUAGCAGCUAUGAUGCCACCAUAAUGUUUCAAAUGUCUUACAAAAAUCUGAUUUAAGAAAUAAAAUAAACGCAUCGAUUUUACAAACCUA